AUGGGACGAAAGAAGUGGUCCAACAACAAGUCCAAGACCUCGGCCACGGCCACCUCAAUCACGACCUACACGGCCGCGGCCACCACCCUCGCCCAACCCCAAACCCAGCAGCGAGAUCGUCCUGGUGAAACAGUCCAACAUCCACCACGCCUUUCUCCUGCAACAGCCGCCCAUUCGUCAUCGCCCAGGUCGCCUCGCUCUCCAUUUACCUCGCGCUUCUCUCCAAAGAAUCUCUACUCACUAUCCAAUUCCAACCCGCAGCCACACCCCCAUCCUCUGCAGAAUCACUCGCCUGCCGCUGCUAGUAGUAGUACUGUUAGCACGACUGUUAGCACGACUGUUAGCACGCCCGUUCAGACCCAGUUCACCCCGACCAGGGCCACCAGCGCCGCCUCCACCCCCAGGAAGCCCCAGCACAUCGCCGAGCUGCAGCAGUCGAACCAGCAGCAGCCCCUCCACGACCCGGCCCCCUUCCCACCCAUUACCACCUCCAUCACCCAGCCCGACGACAAGCCCUCCUCAGCUCGCCUGCAGCAGCCUGACCGGAGGCGCCUCAAGUCGAGCCACGGCCAGCGACCACGCCACGACGACGACGACCAACACCACCGCCACCACCACAACACCACCACCACCAACAACAAGAAGGGCUUCUUCUUCAGCUUUACCAAGUCGGCCAAGUCGUCGUCCGACCGCCCGCCCCUGCCACCACACAGCCAGCCCAACACCAACACCACCAGCACUGUCACUCCUGUCACUCCUGCCACUCCUGCCACUCCUGCCGCACUAGACCCACGGCGCGACGCAGUGAUGAGGAGCACCGAUCAGCCAACACCCACCAAACACAGCCCAAAACAAUCAACAGAUGCAUCCCACGUAGAAUCUGACCCGAGACCCGCCCCCUCUUUACCCUCAAGGUCCGACAGCUCGCUGGCCUCGUCGCAAGAAAAGCCCGACACCACCACCAACACCACCACCUCAUCAAGAAAAGGCUCCAAGCCCAAGCCCUUCACGCUGCUGAGCAGGACAAAGUCUCAACGCGACAGGGACGGCCGCAGCCCACGCCACACCCCGAGCCCGCAGGAUCUCAGGGACGCUCCCUACAACAAUCAGGCCCCGCUACCCGAACCGGAGCGUGCGCACAUCGCUGCGCCGGCUAAGUCCGCGGCUGCACCACCCACCAUCGACCGGUCCUACCGGGAAGCCAUGUCUUCGUCGUCGCGCAACCAGUCCGCCGACCGCGGUGACCGUGUCCCCUCGCGGGACGCCUCGACGAGCAGGAACUCGAAUCGGGAAAGGGAUCACAGCCGGUCGCAACAGCACUUUUCACAAAAGGACGGCCCGGCCUCCUUCUUCAACAACCUCAAGAGGGAGGGUGGCAGAGUGGCAGAGUCAAUUGGCAAGGGCCUCUUCGGCAAGGGCGGUCGCAGCGGCAGCACCACCGAGAAGGAGCCCGUCAUCGACGAUGAGCACUACGUCCUGAAGGUUAUCAACCUCCCACUAGUCGAGCAGACGCGCCUUACCCGGAUAUCGAAAAGACUCGAGGACUCGAGGGACAAGACCGAGUUCUGGAUGCCCGCGUUUCCCUGGAGGGCCAUCGACUACCUGAACUACAAGGGCUGCGACGUUGAGGGUCUAUACCGGGUGCCAGGCAGUGGGCCCCAAAUAAAGAAAUGGCAGAGGCGUUUCGACGAGCGUUAUGACGUGGACCUUUUCAACCAGGAAGACCUGUAUGAUAUCAACAUCAUUGGCUCGAUGCUGAAAGCAUGGCUUCGCGAGCUCCCCGAUGAGCUGUUCCCCAAGGAGGCACAAGACCGGAUCGCCCGCGAAUGCGCCGGCGCAGAGAAGGUGCCCCAGAUGCUCAUCGACGAGCUGUCGAACCUCUCCCCUUUCAACUACUACCUGCUCUUCGCCAUCACAUGUCAUCUGAGUCUCCUCUUGGCGCACGCCGACAAGAACAAGAUGGACUUUCGCAACCUGUGCAUUUGCUUCCAGCCGUGCAUGAAGAUCGAUGCGUUCUGCUUCAAGUUCCUGGUUUGUGACUGGAGGGAUUGUUGGAAAGGGUGCAAGAACGAGACCAAGUUCAUCGAGGAAGAGUACAAGCUGUUCGACGCGCCGCCGCCUCCAGGCCUUGGCGUGAAGAAAAGACUGGAGCCUCGAUCCGAGCCCCGACCCGAGCGGCGACCCUCACCAACGGUGGAGAGAGAUGACCGGGAACGCAACAUUUCCUCUUCGGACAGCAGCAAAAAGUCGCAGCAAGGCGGGGACAGCACCCGGUUAAAGAAGAAGAAUGGCGCGCAGCAGGAGAAUGGGAUCCCGACGACCAAGACGACUCACCUCUACACUGAGGCUCCGACGAACGGGCAGACUGCAACACCAAGAGGGUCGAACGACAUGCGGCCGCUGUCUCCAAUCAAACCUCUGUCACCACUCGGGUUCUAG